AUGUUCAAAUUCUUCUACAACUUGGUCGAGGGCACUGGGGCACAACUUCGAGUGUGUUUAAAUCUGCCUUUUCCUCUAUAUCUAGCACACGACCUCUCUCACAUUCCUAACGGCCAAAUAGGGAAUGACCUCAAGGAGAUCUGGGGCUCCUUCUUGGUUUCAAGACAUCUUCAGUGCGGCCUCACCAAGGCUAGGGCCGAAGUGUAUUUGCCAAACCACGAGGCAAAGUAA